AUGGAGCCUAUAAAUGAGGACCCAACCGAGCUCAAAGAUAACACACGCUCUUCUCACUGGAGAUCGAUCUACGUUAAUCCAGCAAUGUUCCGCGGUGGCGGCAGAAGCAAGACGGUGGCGACGAGCACGAGCACGGGUAAUGAGCUGCCCGUCGACGGCGUGGUGCGGGUGAGGAAAGUGGAGAGGAUCCAGCCGCACAACCUCGUCUCCAGGCCAUCGGUACUCCACGGCGACCACGCCACCUCGCCGGCGACUUCCGGACCGGCGGAGAGCCUGGCCGUCAGCGUCGUCCGUAUAGGGGACAUAGUGAUAGUGGACGACAAAGACAAACCCGAUGGCUUACUCUCGGUGUCUAUCGCGUAG